GUGCUCGCGAGACGCACUUGGGCCGUGUUGCGGGCACCGUGCAGCCUGCCUUAUUAAUAAUUACGCAUAUAAUGGCUAUCAAAACACAGAACCCAAAGCAAAAAAAUGGCCCCGAGAUUCCCUCCUCGCCUGCCACUAAUCUUGCUCUGCUUUUGCUCUUCUGUAAUCGUCGCUCACAAGGAUGAUGAUCCAACAGCCAAAACCAUGGAGGAUUUUUCUGGGUACCCAAUUCAUGAGCCUCACUCUUCCAUUCAAAACUCCUUUUCUUCACUAUCCGUUGAAAUCGAAAGUUUACAGAAACAGAUCGAUGAACUUGCUUCUUUCUCGGAUACACCUGCCCCAUCAGUGACUAGGAUCCUGUACACUGAGAAGGAUGUUUUGGCACGCAGGUACAUCAAGAACUUGAUGGGACUCUCUGGUCUCUCUGUCAGAGAGGAUGCUGUUGGUAACAUAUUUGGCCGAUGGGAUGGCUAUGAGCCUGAGCUUUCUGCAGUGGCAACAGGUUCUCACAUUGAUGCUAUUCCCUACUCUGGGAAGUAUGAUGGAGUUGUUGGCGUUUUAGGUGCUAUUGAAGCCGUCAAUGUGCUAAAGAGAGUUGGUUUCAAACCUAGAAGGUCACUGGAAAUUAUCCUAUUCACCUCUGAAGAGCCUACACGCUUUGGGAUCAGCUGCUUGGGAAGCCGCCUAUUGGCAGGAAGUGAGGUACUUGCAAAAGCUCUGAAGACAACUGUUGAUGCUAAAAAUGGAUCAUUCCUAGAUGCUGCAAGAUCUGCUGGAUAUGUAAAGGAUCACAAUGACUUAUCCAGUGUGUUUAUAAAGAAAGGAAGUUACUCGGCUUUUGUGGAAUUGCAUAUUGAGCAGGGCCCCAUCCUGGAGGAAGAAGGUAUAUCUAUUGGUAUUGUAACUGCCAUCGCUGCGCCUGCAAGCAUCAAAGUGGAAUUUGAAGGCAAUGGAGGCCAUGCAGGGGCCGUCCUAAUGCCAAAUAGAAAUGAUGCUGGCCUGGCAGCUGCAGAGUUGGCAUUGGCUGUGGAGAAACAUGUACUAGAAUCUGGAUCAGUCGAUACUGUCGGUACAGUUGGUAUUCUGGAGGUUCAUCCUGGGGCAAUUAACAGCAUCCCAAGUAAAUCACACCUAGAAAUCGACACAAGAGACAUUGAUGAAGAUCGAAGAAACACUGUGAUUGAGAACAUUCGUCAAUCUGCAAUUAGAAUAGCGAAAGGCCGUGGGGUGAGGCUAUUUGAGUUCAAUGUUAUUAAUCAAGACCCACCGGCCCUUGCUGAAAAAGCUGUAAUCAAGGCCGUGGAAGCUGCAUCAAAAGAGCUAAACCUAACUCACAAGUUUAUGAUUAGCAGAGCAUACCAUGAUUCACUGUUUAUGGCCAGAGUAUCUCCAAUGGGCAUGAUAUUCAUUCCAUGUUACAAGGGUUACAGCCACAAGCCUGAAGAAUAUGCUUCCAUUGAGGACAUAGCAAAUGGGGUCAAGGUAUUAGCCCUGACUCUUGCAAAGUUGUCCCUGACCUGAUGCGUCAUCCAUAAUUAGCGUCAAAUAAUAUAAGAUUUAGUAUUAGAACUCGUUGAGAAGUUUGAUUUCUUCUUUACAUAGAAAGCAAACUGCUGGAGUGUCUUCUUUAGGAUACCACAACAGAUCUUAGCACCUUUUCUAUGAGUAUCCUUUAUUUUUACA